UAAGCGCAGAGCCUGGGCGCAGCAAGGGAGCGCUUCUUGCCUGACGCUCGCGGCGGACGCUCGGCUCAGCGCAUUCCCGGCCCCGGGUCGUGCCUCUGGGCAUUUGCGGGCUUGCCUUUCUGGCCCGUCUCUGUCCGCAGCAGCGUUGCUCAUGCCGGCUGAGGAGGCCAGCAGGAUUUGCGUGGCGUAGCUGGGACGUGGCUGCAACUGGUGGCGCGGGGAGAAACCCGGAGGAAAGUUGGAGCCCCCGAAGUUGCCCUCGCCAAGCUUUGACAGAUCGAGGUACUGACAAGUGUGGAAGACUUUGUUUUGAAGAACUACAGUAGCGCCUAUUCAAAGGACAUACUGGCAUAAAGAACAAUAAAAGAAGUUGAAAACCCAACAUUGCCAAAAUGACUUCCACUUGUAUACUUCCCAUAUUUGCGUUGGUCCUUUGGUAUUUGGCAUCAGCAGGUCCUGUGCCUGUGAAUGAGUGCGUCUUGUCACCUGUCAACAGCUCCCACCCCGUCCAAGCCUUGCUGGAGAGUUUUACAGUCUUAUCUGGCUGUGCAAGUCAAGGAACUGCUGGGUUACCACAGGAAGUCCAUGUUCUCAAUCUGCGAAGUCCCGAAGAAGGCAUUGGCCACCAUGAAAGAGAGGUCACCUUACAUUUGAAUCCCAUUUCUUCCAUUCAUAUCCACCAAAAGUCGUUGGUAUUCCUUUUGAAUUCUCCUGUGCCUUUGGUGUGGAAGGUAAAAACUGAAAGGCUUGCCCCUAGGAUUCCAAGGUUUUUUUAUGUUUCUGCAGGUUCCAUUGUGCUGUUUGAAAAAGAAAACUUCUCUUUGUCAGCAAAGAUAGAAGAAAGGCCUCUCCCUCAGGGAAAUAAGCAUCUUUUACAGUGGGCCCAAAAGGCAUAUGGGGCAGUAACAUCUUUCACUGAACUCAAAAUAUCCAAAAAUGUUUAUAUCAAAGUGGGUGAGGAUCAGUUUUUUCCUACAGCAUGCAAUAUAGAGAAGAACUUUAUUUCUCUGAAUUACCUUGCGGGAUACCUGCAACCAGUGCCAGCAGAAGGAUGUAUUAUCUCUAACAUUGACCAAGGAAAAGAAGUUCAUAUAAUUGAGCUAAUUACCCCAGACUCUAAUCCAUAUAGUGCUUUCCAGGUGGAUAUCAUCAUUGACAUUAGACCAUCUAGGCCCGACAUCACACUUGUCAGGGACCUUGUACUUAUCCUCAAGUGUAGAAAAUUUGUCAAUUGGGUCAUCAAGUCUCAUGAUGUUAAGGGGCAACUAGAAGUGAUUGCAGCAAACAGUGUUGGCUUUGGAAAAGAAUCUGAGCGCUCUAUGACGAUGUCUAAAACCAUAAUAUCUGAUAUUCCGUCCUCUCAUGAGAGUUUGAUUAUGUGGGCUUAUGACCGUAACUACAGUCCUGUCACUUCCUAUACAAAAGCGCCUGUUGCUAAUCGGUUCCAUCUACGGCUCGAAGACACCGAAGAGAUGAAUGAUGAGGAAGAUGAUUAUCUUCCACCAGAACUGAAGGAACUGUUGCGUAUUGGUAAUCCACUGCCUGCUCCAAUCCCACCCUUGAGCGAUGGUGCUAGUUUUCCCUUCCACUUCAAUAGAGAGCAUGACAAACAUGAAGGAACCCUGCCUUCAACAGAUAUGGUGGAUACAAUAGACAGAUUUGAGCAUCUGCGUCCCAACAAAGAACCAGAAGAAUUGAAGGGAAGUGUUGAUGUCGCCUUGUCGGUAAAAUGUGACGAUACCUCAAUGACUGUAGCUGUUGCAAAAGACUCACUAGAGGCUAGUGGUUACAUUGGGACACAGCUCUCCCUUUUGGAUCCUACAUGUAAAGCUAAAUCAAACAGGACCCAUUUCAUUUUGGAGUCAUCGCUGCAGGAGUGUGGAACGAGACGGAUAAGCUACACCCUGGAUAGCACUGUGUAUCUGAACACUAUUGUUAUUCAGCUGUCUUCAGCAACUGAAACAAGUGGUUGGACAGCUGAUUAUGAAGACAUGGAAUCGGGGGAUAACGGAUUCCCAGGUGACACUGAUGAAACAGACACCACUUUUUCCAGCCGGCCUGAAAUUGUUGUGUUCAAUUGUACAGUCCGUCAACCAAAGGUUCUUAAUCCUCCCAUCCACUGGACGCCUGAAACACGAAUGAGCAAUGUCUCCUUCAGCAUAGAACUUUACAAAACGGAUCUCUUCCAUAUUCCAACUCAAGGGAUCUUCUCUGUGGCAGAGAAUGGGCAGAUUUUUGUUGAGGUUUCUGUGACCAAGGCUGACAGAUCACUGGGCUUUGCCAUUCAAACUUGCUUUAUCUCUCCAUAUUCAUUCCCAGAUAAGAUGUCAGAUUAUAUAAUUAUAGAAAACAUCUGUCCUAAAGAUGAAUCUGUAAAAUUCUACAACAUCCCAAAGGCUAAUUUCCCAAUACCACAUGCCCUAACUGACAAAAAACGGUUUAGCUUCAUGUUCAGAUCCAUAUUCAACACCUCCCUUCUCUUCCUUCACUGUGAAGUGACCUUAUGUACGAAGAAAGAAAGAGAUACUCAAGGUUUGGCCAAGUGCAUUCCUCCUGAUGAAGCCUGCACGUUUCUCAGUGCCGAUAUGAUCCUAGCUAUGAUGCCAAAUAAGAAAACUUUCACCAAACCCCUUGCUGUGGUGAAUCUUAAAGGGAAGUCAGAAGACAAAUCUCCUUCCAGCUCAAAGCCUCCUGAGGGAUUACAACCUGUUUUCUAUGGACUGGACACUCUGACAGUUGUGGGCAUUGCCUUUGCAGCCUUUGUGAUUGGUGCACUCCUGACAGGAGCAUUGUGGUUCAUUUAUUCUCACACAGGAGAACCAGCAAGAAGACAGCAGGUACCUACAUCCCCACCAGCCUCUGAAAACAGCAGUGCAGCCCAUAGUAUCGGCAGCACACAAAGCACCCCCUGUUCCAGCAGCAGCACAGCCUAAUCCAGGGGGUGAGAUGCAAGUCCGAGGGACAACACAGGAGAGCAGAGGUUCUAACGGAGCUGUAUGAGGUCGCUUGCUUUGGAAGGGUUGGCAUGGAUUCUUUGGCAGGGAUUUCUUUCAAGGUCCCUCCCCCCACCAAUAAACAAGGUCCUUGAACCUCUUGCAACAAGCUAGGCUCACAAAUGACAACACUACUAUUUAUGUAGAGCUGUGGAUUGUGUAAAAGGAUUCAUUGGCUCUCAGUGUGAAACAGAAGCCGGUUUCCUUUUUCCAUGAGUGCUGCUCUGUCUCUGCAGAAUUACAACGUUGGGUUCUGAAAUUGUCAAGGUAAUACGAGGGGUCCAUAAAAGGAUUUCAGCCUCAUAAGCUGGGGGAGAGAUGUAUUUUUCCCCUUCCCUUAAACAAAGGGAUUCCAUCGCAUCAGAACAGAAAAGUUUGAAGUACAGAGCGACUUGCUGUUAAGAUCACUGAUGGUUCUCAGCUACAUGCUGUCAUUUCACAGAAGCUUCUUUUUAUUAGUAGUAUUGUUGUUCAGCUUGACUUGGCACACAAGUGUUUUGCCUGCUGUCAUGCUGCCUGCAGCUUUUGAUGUUUGUCUUCCCCAAGUUUCACCCUCUGGUAGCAAGAAGAAUUGAAAACAACAUUCCUGUGCACAACUACGGGUUUUGAAUUGUUUGAUUAGACAUUGUUUGAUUAGACUCAUGUGUGCACCUGUUGAUACAUUUAGACAUUCCUUAAUGCAAACUAGAAUAAUGCUGUAUAUUAUCCUAGCAUAGUUUCCGAAUGUUUUGUCAGUGGGAGCCAGCGCUACAGUUUUGCCAGUGUUCAGAACAUAAUGAUUAGUUGGCCUCUAAGCUUAUACACUACAAUGUAUAUUUUCUCAUAAUUGACAAAUGAAGAACUAGAGCACAGGUGUCAAACUCGCAGCCCUCCAGAUGUUAUGGACUACAGUUCCCAUCAUCCCCUGCCAGCAUGAUGGGGACUGUAGUUCAUAACAUCUGGAGGGGCGUGAGUUUGACACCUAUGAACUAGAGGUACUUUUCAUGUGUGCAUGCAGUGCAGUCCCCAGCAUUUAGGGCUUAACUUGACAGCCGUCUGGGAAUUUUGCAUCAGGAGCUCCCAGAGUUGUUUUGUCCUGCUCCAUGCUGCUCCCCUUACACCAUGGUUCUGAUCUGAAUCUAGUCCCAUCAUGCCUGUUAAGAGACUUCUUUAAAAACUGAGUGUUCCUGAUUCAGGACUCCCAGAUAACCCGUCAGGCUUUCAGUGAACAAGGAAGCCCCGUCCUCCAGCACACAUCUGAGUAUCAUGACUAGAACUCUAAGCAGAGGUAAUUGUGUAUACUGUAAAACUGUGUAUGCAUGGUUAUCAUUAUAUGCAUUUGUGGUUGUAUAUGAUUGGCCAGACUUGAGGUGUAGUAACAUCUGAAUAUAUGCUGCAGGUGCAAUGGCCAAAAAUCCCAGAAGAUUCAGGAAAGAAAAUAGUUGCAGAGGCAGAUUUUGGGAUUUGACCAUGUACUUUGAAUAUUGUCAACUGAGGGCAAAAUGUUGAGCUGAGUCAAAGUAAUCUAGAAACAUAUAAUUUUAGUCAAUGCAUCAAGCAAGAUCUGCUUGCGAAAUAUGAGCAUUUCCAAUAUCCCGUUGGGUCCACAUUUUUUAAGCUGACCCAUGAAAUUUAAUUUUGCUGGAGCAACAAAACUGUUUGGUUUGCAGUAGAAUUCUACUGGAUAUUCAGUCCAUGUACCCAGUCAAGCUGAGUAACAUCAGUUGCAUUCGUGUCCACGUUCAGAAUGAGUUUAAAAACUGCCCAUUAAUAUGUGGUUUGGGCAAAAGAACAGAGCUGUGCCUUUAAUUAGGUGCUGAAAUAUGGUUUGAAUGUACUCCUGUAAAUACUUCCACAAAAAACUAACUUUGGGCCCAAUUCCUUAAACUGACUAGCUCAGCUCUGUGCAAAGGGUCCGGGGAAGGGAAGGGGGCAGGGGAAUGUGAAUGCACUCCCCCAUCCUCUUUUGUUCAAGGGGAGGCAAGUGAUACUACAAUCUCAGCCCAAGAUCAAGAGCCUCUCCUCUGCCCUUUUAACAAGCCUAAAGAGAGAGCCAGCCAGGGCAGCUAACCCAACAAGUCAGCCCCGAGUUUUAACAGUCACUUGAUUGUACACGAGCAACAAAAUCCAAAACAAAGGCCAUGUAAUUCUUUUGUAUUAGGAUAACUCCAGUUUUUACAAAACAGUGUGCACAUUUUUUUGUUCUGCAGAAUUUUCUUCCCUCAGGUUGGAUGUGUGGGGUAAUGAAAAAGAAAGUAUCAUGUCUCAAACUUUUCUUAAGGCCUUGUCUGCAUCCUUUGAGGGAUACCAGUGAGAUUUCAGUAGACAGCAGUGGUGGAGCUGGUAUCAGAUUGGAUGUUCUUCUGGGAAGAAGAAGGGAACAUUGGCAGCCUCCAAUUGUUAAAAAAAAAACCUGAUGGUUACCAAAUGUGUCUCUCUAAUAUCAAAUGGAACAAAUUAUGUCCCUUUAGUGGGCUGUGAGCAGAGAGAAUAUGUGCCAGUCAUUUUAUUAACAAUACUGGCUAUUAAUUAUCUAAACUGUCAAUGGAAACUGAAUUAGGUAAUACUGCCUAGUGGAAUGGAAAGCUAUAAGUCUGUUCUCAAGGCAUUUUCCUCCAGGGAUUCUUCAUCUAAAUUCAGGCAUUUCCAAAAUAGGACAGAGAUCUCAUGUUGUCCCUUCACUUGUCAUAUCAUUAAGAUAUAUAUUCCCCCUUGUUCACUGUUAAAGGCACAGCUGUAAAGGCUGGUUUAAAAGUCCUCAAAGAGUAGAUCUUCACUCUUCACAGAUUUGGAAUGUAUCAAAAUGUAACUGGGAUUAUUGGGCUAAAUUAUUGCCAUUCUUAAGCGUGUGCAGGACUGGAUUAGUGUUAUCUGGAGAACCAAUUUACUGUUUGUAUGUUUCAAAACAAUGCGCUUUGCCUAACCUUCAGCUGAAUGUAUUUUGUAAUCAUAUUCUAUGUAUGAAAACCUUUUUAAAAAUGUCUUCAAAGAAGACUAGAGUCUUUAAAUCAAUUAUAGCUAUAUUUUACUACAUUAAAUGUGGACAUAAAGAUAUAUACAGAUAUAUUUAAAUAUAAGUGCUUUGUAUAAGAAGUUUGAUUUCAGUUACUGUGAAUUCUACAGUUUUGUACAUUCUUUCUUUUCUGAGUUUUAACCCUUUCCCCUCAGAUUUUUUAAAGUAGAAGUCUCAUAAGAAGUAUUGAAAAAUUAGUUUGGGGGCUGAAAGAUUAAAAAAUUGUUAUGUAAAAUAAUGAAAUGUAUAUUUUUGAGAGAAAGAGAGCGAAGAAGCUGCAUAUCAGUAUUUCUAUCAGUAAUUUACUCUAAAACCUAGAUUUAUAUUUAAAGUCUCACAAACCCAAAAAAGUAAUAUGUAGAAAUAGACAAUUGACAUUUUUCUCAAAGGCUUAUAUUCAACAUUAAAUUUUAAUUAAUUGAUUGAUUGACCUCGAUGCACUUGCUUAAAUUACUUCAGAAUGCUCACUUUAUAUGCUGACUAUGUUAUAUUUAUGUUAUUAACAGCCUAAGUUAAAGAGCAGUUCUUAUUAGUGACCUAGGUAGUAAAGCAAACUCUUGAUGCAAAUCAUGGCCCUAAACUUGCAUUAUCCCAUAAGUUUAAAAGAACUGUGCAUUCUUUCUGCAAUUCAAAACACCCUCCAAAUGAUAUAUUGUGAUAAAGAGUUGUACAUAUAUAUAAGAAUUUCUUGCAAACACAGUCACAACACAGUCAUACAAUGUCCCAUUAAUUAGAGUGGAUGGUCCAAAGCCCCAUAUCCAUUCUGUGUGUGGAUUGGAUUCCAUCACUGAAAAUUAAUGGGAAACUCUUCUAGGUGAGAUGAUCAUAGCUGGAUCAAGAUGAUAGAAUGCAAACCUCAAGCCAUUUAAUCCUGAGUAAAGUUGACCAUUUUAAUAGGUCUAUAAAAGCCUUGAGGAUUGCCAUAUUAGAGAACUAAGUUUCUACUUUAUGACUCAGCCAUGUAGAAAGAAAGGGAAUUUCCUUGCAGGCAACUUUACCACAAAGCUGAACAAUGCCUUUCCCCAUAGCCGUUGAAAGCUGUAUUUCUGCUACAAAUGUAAGCUCUAUAUUUUGUUGUUGUACUAUUUACUGCGAGGUUUUUUUAAAGCAAAUUAUUUGGUGUUGUGUACUUACUAUAUCAUUUGAUGUUGUAUAGCAUUUCUUGAGAACCUUAUCUUGCCUCACAGAGUGUGAAACCAUGGAAAUUUUAUACCAGAGUCUGCAAGUUCAGACCUUGAGCAGUGUUUGUGUGUCCAAAUGGAAAUUUCUUCUGCUCCUAGUUUGGCAUUUCAGCAGAUCUGCUAAAAGCUUUUUGGAAGUAUAGAAUGUUCUGGAUCAUUUCAUGCUUGUUGACAUAUUCAGUGAAUUCUAAAGAUUGGUGAAGCAUGACUUCCUUUUGCAGAAGCCGUGAAGAUUCUGUCUCAUCACUGCUUGAGCUUUUUCUAUUUGCCUAUAUUUAAUAAUAGUUCAAACCUGUUUACCUUGGACACUCGUUAGGAUGAAAGAGCUGCCAUUUCCUAAAUUCUCCUACCCCACUCCAACUUCCUUU